GGGAUUCGAAUUUCUGAAGAGAAGAGUGUGGAGACACCACACACCAGUACACAGAGGCCAGUGCCCAAUGCCCACAAAAAUCCUGCUUUUCCCUUCUCGAAACACACAUCAAAGGUGAAGCAUGCCUAAGGUUAGGACUAACCGGAUCACGUACCCAGAUGGUUGGGAGUUGAUUGAGCCUACUCUUUUGGAGCUAGAUGCUAAGAUGAGAGAAGCACAAAAUGAUCCAAAUGAUGGCAAAAGGAAGUGUGAAGCUUUAUGGCCUAUUUUCAAAAUUUCCCAUCAGAGAAGCCGCUAUGUCUUUGACCUUUACCACAAAAGAAAUGCAAUAUCGAAAGAGCUGUACGAGUUCUGCUUGGAUCAAGGCUAUGCAGAUCGUUAUCUCAUUGCGAAGUGGAAGAAGCCAGGGUAUGAACGUUUAUGCUGCCUACAUUGCAUACAGCCCCUAGACCACAACUUUAACGGAGUUUGUGUGUGUCGCGUUCGAAAGGAGGACAGAAACGUUGAAGCUGUAGAGUGUGUGCAUUGCGGAUGUAGAGGUUGUGUCAGUGGAGAUUAGGUUUCGAUUUUAUGUAUUGACUUCAAAUCACGAAUGAUGAUACUUGUUAGGACUAACUGAAAUGAAUGUCGUUUCAAUUAUGAGAAUGAAAGAUUUAUAGCUUGCUUGAUUAAUUACCAAAUCAAGGUUUUAUUAUUAUUUUUUUUUUAAUUUUUUUUUCAGAUCCGUCUUGAAUGGAAUUGAUUGGG